AAGGGCCAGAGUCCUCUCCCUUUGCUGGCUGGAGAGAGAGGAGACGCAGGGCUUCCGCCAUGAGGCACCCAGCAGGCUUCUUCGCCCUUCUACUUUGCUUCCCCACAGCUGCUGCCAUGUUGAGCCUGCUGCGCUGGUGCGCAGUCUCUGACCAAGAGCUGGCCAAGUGUAGUGACAUGAGCAAAGCCUUCUCCAGGGCACACCUCUUCCCUGAACUGGCCUGCGUCAAUGGUGGCUCAGUAAUCGGAUGCACCUCUAUGAUUAGUAGGAAUUUGGCUGACAUAGCCACUGUGGACGGGGGCAUCCUUUACCAGGCUGGGAAGGAACACGGUCUGAAACCAGUCGUGGCCGAAGCCUAUGGCCAAGAUGUUGGUACUUCCUACUACACAGUGGCUGUGGUAAAGGCCAGUUCCAACCUGACCAUCAACCGGCUGAGAGGGGCCAAGACCUGUCAUACAGGUAUCAACAGAACAGCCGGCUGGAACAUCCCAGUGGGCCUCCUCCUUGAUAGUGGUCGAAUGCCCAUGAUGGGUUGCCGGGUCGCCAAAGCUGUCAGUGACUAUUUCAAGGCCAGCUGUGUCCCUGGAGCAACUGCCGUUGGGGAUCCUGCAUCCCUCUGCGAACUCUGCAAAGGAGACCCUGCUGGGCAGAGCAAGUGUGAGCUGAGCCCCAAAGAGGAAUAUUAUGACUACCUGGGUGCCUUCAGGUGCCUGGUGGAUGGGCCAGGAGACGUUGCCUUUGUCAAGCACACCACGGUGACCGAAGCCAUGGAGGGCCAAGCUCAGCCCUCCUGGACCUUGGAGGACUUCCAGCUGCUCUGCCGGGAUGGGAGCCGAGCAGCAGUCAGCGAGUGGCGGACCUGUCACCUGUCACGGGUCCCGGCUCAUGCCGUGAUCACCAGGCAGGAUGUGGAAGGCAGCCUCGUCUUUGAAGUGCUGGAUCAAGGACAGAAAAGGUUUAAUGGUGGAAACUCCAGCUUCCAGAUGUUUGACUCAACAGCCUAUGGAGGGAAAAAUCUUCUCUUUAAAGACUCUACUGCAAAGCUGGUUCCCAUUAUGGAACAGACCUACCAGGAAUGGUUGGGAGAUGAAUACCUGCAUGCCAUGCGAGGCUUGGAUUGCGAUCCUAAAAGGCUGCCAGAGUUCCUGCGCUGGUGCAUCUUGUCCACCGAGGAAAUCUGGAAAUGCAGCAAGAUGGCUGCCGCUUUUAAGAGCCAGAAUCUGAAGCCAGAAAUCCAAUGUGUUUCAGCCCAGAGUCCAGAGCAAUGCAUGGAACGCAUUCAGAAAAGAGACGUUGAUGCUGUGGUUCUGGCUGGAAAGGAUGUUUACGUAGCCGGGAAGACGUAUGGCCUGGUGCCUGCUGCUGCAGAACACUACGCAGAUGGAGAUACUGUGAGCACCUACUAUGCGGUGGCAGUGGUGAAGCGAGCAACAUCUGAUGUCUUCACCAUCCAUGAUCUACAGCAGAAAAAGUCCUGCCACACUGGCUACGGGCGGAUGGCCGGCUGGAACAUACCCAUCGGCCUGCUGUUGCGAAAGGGGUUCAUUCAGCCCCAGGAAUGCAACCUUCUCAAAGCGGUGAGCAGCUUCUUCUCCGCCAGCUGCGUUCCGACGGCCGAGAAGGAGGGCUACCCGGCCAACCUCUGCGAGCUCUGCGUUGGGGACAGCCAGGGGAAUUUCAGGUGCAAUGCCAGCAGCCAGGAGACGUAUUAUGGCUACACAGGAGCCUUCAGAUGCUUAGCAGAGGGUCAUGGUGAUGUGGCUUUUGUCAAGCAUAGUUCAAUCUUUGAAAACACCGAUGGGCACAAUAGCGAUGCCUGGGCCUCAAGGCUUCGGUCUGGUGAUUUCCAGCUCUUAUGCCCAAACGGUGCCCGUGCUGAAGUUGACCAGUUUGCUGGUUGUCAUUGGGGCCAAGUGCCUCCUCGUGCUGUUAUGGUCCACCCAGACACCAAUGCCCUGGUUGUGUAUGGACUUCUGGAUAAGGCUCAGGAUUUCUUUGGCGAUGACAACAACCAGAAUGGAUUUAAAAUGUUCAGUUCAUCAGACUUCCAAAAGCAGGAUUUAAUCUUCAAGGAUUCCACAGUUAAAAUUGUGCCAGUGGGCGAGAGAAGAACAUUCAAGUCCUGGCUGGGGCGGCCGUUCCUGGACUCUUUAGAAGGGAUCCUGGAAUCCUCCUCCCAGUGCUCAAGAGCCGCAACCAAGUCUCUGAAUGUGAUUCUCCUCCUGAUGACAAUUCUGACUCUUGCAACAAUUUUCACUUCAUGAGCCCCAGCUCAGGUGCAACAAUACAAAAUGCAACCACAAGACUUAAAAAUUAGACAAUCCUCAUGGAAUCAGUCAACAAUUGUGGAAUAUUUAAUUUUCCUCCCUGGCAUUCUAAGGGUGAAUUGGUAAGCCAGAUUUUUAACCAUGACAUAUUGAGCAAGUCAUAGUGACCUUCUUUGCACAAAAUGCUGAGACAUAAUGGAUUUGGAUAUCACAUAAAAUCAACAGCACUGAAGCCAGAUUGUGUGGUAAUGGGUGUGAACCAGGGCCUUCUCUAAAUUGCCUUUUCAUUCCAACCAUCUCACUUGGGAGUCUGAGGGCUGCUCCUUGAUCGUGCUGAUACGGAGUGCGGUAAGAAAGACAAAGAUUCAUCCUUGGUCGUACUUACAUCUACUGGCUUGUAUGUGUUUGAAAAGAUUCUUUACAGUAUGCAACUCUCUUUGCUCUGGAACACAACAAUCAACAUGUUAAGUGACAAGAGAUUCUUGUUGUGGACUAGAAAGCAUGGAGUGUACCAAGAGCAGAUAGACGAGCAUGAACGAUCUUCCUGCCAUUUCUGCUUUGGCAACACCCAUGGCACCACCAAAGACAAAAGGGCUCCCCGCAGGACCCAGCCUCAACAGAUAAAACAGGCUGCUUGCAAGACUGUCCUCCACCAAGACACAAGAACCUGUUUUGGAUGUGGCCUGUUCAAUAAAGUCUUACUUGGUCACGGGAGCUCUAAAA